AUGGCUUCCUCUGAUUCCAGUCAUGGCUCCGUGAACGCCCCCAAGUCCUCAGAGAACCAUCGCUGCAACCCCACGGGAAUCACUGCUCCGUCGUCAUCUUCAACGUCCCAAAUUCCUGCCCCGCCAACCAAUUUCCGCCGUGCUACAACUGCACACACUUCCUCUGCCGGUACAUUACCUCUCCGUGAUUAUGUCGGCGACAUAGAUUCCUCACAGACCUCGAACGCACCGCGCGCCAGUGAUCCCACCUCGGGACAUCCUGGUCCCUCCGUCCCCACUACACGGAAUACUGAGCUCACCCGCGAGGACGCUGUCGGUCUCUCGCUACCCUCAUCGCCUUUCCUGCCUCUCCGUCCUGCCGCGUUGGCUAGUCAUCAUCGAAACGCCCUGUCUAGUGAUUCAAUUCCCCGUCAAACUAUCAUGAAAGCCCUCGCGUCUCGACCGUCGGGGGCCCAGCAGCAGAACAACACCAAUAACAAUACCCCGAUGCCGCUGGCGGCCUCUCUGGGGCUCCAGCAUCCUAGCGCGGCUACUUCGAAUCCAUCGGAUGGAACGGAGCGUCGCUGCAGCAAUCCGUCGUCGCAGAAGCUGUCGGCAGCUCUUUCCAGCUUGCAAUUGGGUACAUAUCUUGACCGCAUGCCGUCGACGGCCCGUCUGGUUAUGCAGUCGCCGUGCUUCUUUCAUCAGCGGUUCGACGAUGCGGUGAAUAUUCAGAAAGUGCUGGAGGAGAUUGCGGAUGACGAAUGGCUGUCCCAUUCGCGCUUGGUCCAGACUGCCACGGGUGUCCGGGAGGUCUCGAAACAAUUGCAACGGCGACCGAUCAAACGGGCGGUCAAGAAUGUGAUGAUUGUGACGAAGGCGCGGGAUAAUAGUCUGGUACAUCUCACGCGUGAGUUGACCGAAUGGCUGCUGUCGACGCCGCGCUACGGAAGCGACCUGGGUGUCAAUGUAUAUGUGGAUGCGAAACUGCGGAGAUCCAAGCGAUUCGAUGCGGCGGGAUUGAUGGCGAAGGAGCCUCGCUUCGAGAAGAUGCUCAACUACUGGACUCCCGAUCUAUGCUGGACGUCGCCGGAAAAGUUUGAUCUGGUGCUGACGCUGGGCGGCGACGGAACGGUGCUCUUCACUUCGUGGCUCUUCCAGCGUGUGGUUCCGCCUAUCCUGUGUUUCUCUCUCGGAAGUCUCGGGUUUCUGACGAACUUCGAGUUCGAAAACUACAAGGACCACUUGAAUGCGGUCAUGGGGGAUAUCGGCAUGCGAGUUAACCUACGGAUGCGGUUCACGUGUACCGUCUUCCGCAAGGACCGCAGCAAAGGUGCGGAUGCCGACGCUGUCGAGGAAGGAGAGCAAUUUGAAGUGCUUAAUGAACUGGUCAUGGAUCGAGGGCCCUCGCCAUAUGUAUCCAACCUGGAACUGUACGCGGACAACGACCUUCUCACUGUCGUUCAGGCCGACGGCUGUAUCUUCUCCACACCUACUGGUUCCACUGCUUAUUCACUGUCCGCCGGAGGAUCGCUGAUUCACCCUUCUAUUCCCGGCAUUCUCCUUACCCCUAUCUGCCCGCACACGUUAUCCUUCCGCCCCAUGGUCCUCUCAGAUUCUCUCCUACUACGCAUUGCCGUCCCUGCCGGAUCCCGUUCGACCGCUUACUGCUCUUUUGACGGUAAGGGCCGCGUCGAGCUGCGCCAAGGGGACUACGUUACUGUCGAAGCCAGUCAAUAUCCCUUCCCCACCGUGGUCUCCGGCAGCGGCGAAUGGUUCCAGAGCGUCCAGCGUGCUCUCCGUUGGAACACGCGUGGCGCCGUGCAGAAGAGCUGGCAACGCGGCUCCGAAGCGGGCGUGGACGCCAUCGACGAGGAGAACGAAGACGAAGAGUGGGACAUUGACACGGAUGCCGGUCUGGCCGGCACAGACAGUGGCUUCGGUCCUAGCGAAGACGGCGACGCGGGAUCCAUCAGCCCGAUGAAGCGCCAAAUGAGCAUGCUCAGCAUGUAG